AUGGGUCCUGCUCUCCUGCUGCUGCUCACUGCAGCUGGCAUCCAGCACGGCUUGGCAUCCCCAGUGAUCAGCCCUAACCUCCCUGCUCUAGUUGUCAACACGGGUGAUCCAGUCAUCUUGCACUGCUCAGGAGAGUCCAAAGUUGAAUGGAAAAGCCAAAAGAAUACAUCCAGCAACCACACCAGCAGCACGCUCACUAUUCCCAAGGCCACUUACAGGGAUACGGGUACCUAUAAGUGCGCUCACGUCAACAGCAGUGACAAGGGCAUUGCAACUGUGCAUCUGUUUGUGCGAGAUCCCAAUAAUGUGUGGUACACCCCGACUUUCCGUAUCUUUGUGACCAAAGGUGGUAAUGCUGAGUUCCCCUGUCUCAUCACGGCCCCCGAGUACGGAUCCAGUGUGACUCUGAUAAUGGAUGACGCCUCUCAUCUCUCACCCGGGACCAACUAUUCUUUCAGUGCUGAGAAAGGAAUAACACUAUACAAUGUGAAAAGCAAGCAGAAGGGCUUUUACCGAUGCCAAGCAAUGAUAAAUGGAAAAAUAGAGAAGUCAUCAAGAAUAAGACUGAUCGUGGAAGAAGCUCUGGAGAAGCCUGUGUCAGUGAUGAUGGACCCUGUAGACCAUGUGCGAAUCGUGGGUGAACCCUUUGAAGUCACUUGCAGAGUAAUUGCUCCUUCCCACAAGUAUGACAUCAGAUGGAUGACAGCAGCAAAGAAUGUUGUGACAACUAAAAAGCCUAGCUUUGAAAACGACAACUACUUCAUCAGCGCCACCCUGUCUGUUGCAGCAGUGACCACGGAAAAUAGUGGGAAAUACACUUGUAUAGCUAAUUGGAAUGCCUCGACGAUGCUUCAGGUAGUAGAGAGAGGCUAUGUGUUCCUGACCCCAGUGCAAGCCACCAGCCAGGAGGUUGCUUUGGGAGAGAGUCUGAAGCUGCAGGUCCACAUUGAGGCUUACCCGAAACUUCUCCACUGGGGCUGGGAGCAUACGAACCCAUUGAAGAGCUCUGGGAGUACCACAUUCAAGGGCCAAAUGGUCUCUGGAAACAACUGUUAUAACACCACGCUCUUCCUGAACCGCCUGCAGGAAGGAGAGGGAGGUCUCUAUACAUUUUAUGCCCUCAACAAUGAGACCAAUGCAUCAGUUACCUUCAGUAUCUCUGUGAAAUCUCCUCCAAGGGUCUGCAAAAUCAAGGUGCCAGCCAAUGACUCCAGUAUCCUUCAGUGCAUGGCCAUCGGCUACCCUGCCCCACGCAUUGAGUGGUACCAGUGCCCCAUCCACUCUGACAGGUACAAUGAAGACUAUAGGUUGCUACUGAAUGACUCCAGUCCCCAGGUGAUGAACAUGUUGCCCUUCCAAGAGGUGGAGGUGGAGAGCAUUGCCCCGUUCCAGGAGCUGGGUGCCAAUUUCACCUUUUGCUGUGUGGCCAUUAACAGAGAGGGGAACGCUUCUGACAUGCUUCACUCAGUCACCAUCACCAGAAAUGUCAUGGCCCCCCCAAACAAGCUCUUCAGCCCCAUUCUUUCCACCUGCAUAGGCACAUCGGUCCUGCUGCUCCUCCUACUCCUCUUCCUCCUCUACAAGUACAACCAGAAACCCAAGUACCAGGUGCGGUGGAAGAUCAUUGAGGCCUGUGAAGGGAAUAACUACAUUUUUAUUGAUCCCACUCAGCUGCCAUACAAUGAAAAAUGGGAAUUUCCCAGGAAUAACCUCCAGUUUGGAAAGACUCUUGGAGCAGGAGCCUUUGGGAAAGUGGUAGAAGCCACUGCUUUUGGGCUGGGCAAAGAAGACUCUGUCCUCAAAGUGGCUGUGAAGAUGCUAAAGUCAACAGCAGAUACAGAUGAGCAGGAGGCUCUCAUGUCUGAGCUGAAGAUCAUGAGUCACUUGGGACACCACGAGAACAUUGUUAACCUGCUGGGAGCAUGUACCUAUGGAGGCCCAAUCCUUGUCAUCACCGAGUACUGUCGCUACGGAGAUCUGCUGAAUUUCUUGCGGAAGAAGGCUGAAUCCAUAAUUAUCCAAGAUUCUCUCCUGGACACCUCUUUAGACAGCGCUGCUGAUUACAAAAAUGUUGACCUAGAGAAGAAAUACAUCCGCAGUGACAGUGGCUUUUCAAGCCAGGGUUUGGAAACGUAUGUUGAAAUGAGGCCUGUGUCGUCAUCAUCUUCAGCGUCAUCAGAUUCUGCGCAAGCCAGGGGGAAAAGCUCAGAGGAAGAUGAAGAAACCAGGGAGGACCUCCGUCCCCUCAAUCUCUCUGACCUGCUACAGUUCUCCAGCCAGGUGGCCCAGGGCAUGGCAUUCCUCGCAUCAAAGAACUGCAUCCACCGUGACUUAGCAGCCAGGAAUGUGCUCGUAUCAGAUGGACGGGUAGCCAAGAUUUGUGACUUUGGCCUGGCCCGUGAUAUCAUGAAUGACUCGAACUAUGUUGUAAAAGGCAAUGCCCGCCUGCCCGUGAAAUGGAUGGCCCCAGAGAGCAUCUUUGACUGCAUUUACACAGUGCAGAGUGAUGUGUGGUCUUACGGCAUCCUUCUCUGGGAAAUCUUCUCCCUUGGUAAAAGUCCAUAUCCUGGCAUGGUGGUGAACAGCAAGUUCUACAGCAUGGUGAAGCAGGGAUAUCAGAUGGCCAGGCCUGACUUUGCUCCCUUGGAAAUGUACAGAAUCAUGCAGGCAUGCUGGAGCCUGGAGGCCACGCAGAGACCUACCUUCGACCAGAUCGGCUGCUUCAUUCAGAAAGAACUGGAGGUGCACAAGGAGCAGGACUACACCAACCUCCCCUCCACUGCUGAGGAAGACAGUGGCUGUGAUACCUCUGGCUGCUGCGAGGAAUCCUGCGAGCAAGAGGAGAGUGGCCAGCCCCUUCUCAAGAGCAACAACUAUCAGUUCUGUUAGCUGGUACCACUGCCCCGGGGUAGAUCCCUGCCCUCCUGGCUCUGCAGAGUGCACGGUUCUGCUCGCCCCAGGACACAGAUGCCUUCUGCUUUGGCUC